UUUAUUUGUAAAUGAUGAAAUGUUCAGAACCGUAAUAUCAUGAUUAGAAAAGUAAAUUGAAAUAAGAAUAAGAAAGUUGAACUGAGUAUUACUAACCUAUGAUUCACAUAUUUAAUGAAAACAAAAUUAACCUAACUUUUGUUAAUCUAUUAGUCAUGAGAUAAAGACACACCCCAAGAAUCAAAGGAAACGAAAAGGCUUAAAAUUAUCAAGACAAAACUGAUUAAAUAACAGAUAAAAAUCUCAAUAUUACUUUUGAAAUCUUUAUAGGCUAACUUCCUCCUUCAAUAAGAAUAUUGUGAUCAAAAUUAAAGCUUUUUCAAUCACAGCAUUAUAAAAUUUCAGUUUUUACCUAAUACCAUAACAAAAUACAGCUUAUUAUAAGUUAUAAAACAAAUCAAUUAAAAAAAUAACGCCAAAAUAAACAAAAUUUUGUUGUAAUAGGCGUGGCAUUUAAAACCAAGAUAACACUUUUAUCUUAUCAUAUUUAUCCAACUUUUUUUAGGGCAAGACAAUCAGUUUUGGCACAACUUUUGCGUUGUUUAGAUGCAUUUUUAUAUUCUAAUCGAUUAUUAGAUGUAAAUGUACUCACCUCGUCGACAGUUAGCAUUCCUUUCGAAGCCAUCACUGAAACAUUAAUAAUAAACAAACAGGUGUGCCACGCGAGUAGCUAAAACUUCAAUCAUUUAAUGAUUACACCAAGUCAAGACAACGGUUAUUUUAUUAAUGAAUAAUCACCGCUUAAAAUGAAUUAGCAGCAGAGGAAUAAUGCUAAUGCGUAAUUAAAGCCAAAUUUUUGGCUCGAAUUCACUAAUUUAAUCAGUUAAAUGCACAGGAAUUCAUAAAUUAACAAAACUUUUUCUUAUUUUCGUAAAUGACAACAAAACAAAUUCUACCUGUCAGAUAUGUAACUACCUUCGCACAGGUGAAGAAAUUAACGGUGACUACUGAUUUGAAGUUCGUAAACGUAACAAACUAACUUAUAAAUACAUUUUACAAGUAUAUUUUGCUAUAAAUUUGUAAACGCACAGUUCAUUUACUAACAAAUCAAACAAAAUCCAUUUUUUUGUUUUUAACAGUGGUUAUUAACGCUAAGAAGUAAAAGUUCAAUUCUACCGAAUCCGAUAUGUCAAAUAAUUCCACAGGCUGUCAAUUGUCAGUUUGAACGUUCAACGUUCCGUUCUAAAAAGGUUAUUUUAUUUUAGUUUUCCCGAACCUAUUUCGAUAUGCCUAAAGCCGUCGGGACCGCGGCUAAAAAAAGAAAAGCCGCUAAAGCCAAUGGGCAUCAGUUAGCGGAGCCCCUGCCCUUAGGCGAAGUCCUGCAAGAUAUUUCGAAAAACGAAUGGAAAUUAGGGCCUGCCAUCGGCCAAGGAGGAUUCGGGGUUAUUUACAGUGCCAAAGAGGCUCAAUCGAAGGCUUCCUCUUAUCCGUAUGUAAUAAAGAUUGAACCUCAUGCCAAUGGACCACUCUUCGUGGAAAUGCAUUUCUUCAUUAAAAUUGCUAAACGGGAAGAUGUUGAGGCUUUCAAAAAGCAAAAGGGACUGAAAAGACUUGGCAUGCCUCUUUAUUUCGGCACCGGAUCUCACGAGUAUAAAAGUGAAAAAUACAGAUUUAUCGUUAUGGAGAAGUUUGGUUCAGAUUUGUGGAAACUUUUCGUAGAGAAUAAUAAAAUCUUUCCUACCACUACAGUAUUUAAAAUAGCAGUACAAAUAUUAGACGUGUUGGAGUAUAUUCACAGUAAAGGGUAUAUUCAUGCGGAUAUAAAAGCAACGAAUAUUUUACUGGGUUUGACCAAAGAAACGCAGAACAAGCAGUGUUAUUUGGUUGAUUUUGGACUGGCUACUAAAUACACUGAAGAUAAGGAAUACAAGCCGAAUCCAAAGAAAAAGCAUGACGGUACAAUAGAAUAUUUAAGUAGAGAUGCUCACCAAGGAGUUCAAACGAGACGAGGGGAUUUGGAGAUUCUCGCCUACAACAUAAUCCAAUGGCUGGGAUGUACUUUGCCUUGGGAAAAGAAUUUAUCUGAUCCUAACGCAGUCCAACAAUCCAAGGAGGAAUCCAUGUUGAACAAUAAAAAUAUGUCCCAGUUUUUAAAAUCUACUUUUGUAAAACAACAACCUCCAGGGCCGCUGGUGGAAUAUUUGAAGUAUAUUAUUUCUUUAAAACAUUACGCCGAACCUAAUUAUCUGAAAAUUAGAAAGAUAUUUCUGUCUGGUUUAGACCCCACCGAUUCCUUAGACAAACAUUUAGUAUUUUCAAUGAAUAGAAGAUCCGCUUCUGGUAAAACGCCCACUAAGAGGAAGAGUACACCAGAUCCAAAAGAAAAAAAAGUAGCAAAGAAAGCUCGACCGUCAGACAAUGAAAAAGAAAAUUUGAAAGAAAGUGAAGAUGAAGAUGAGGAUGAGGAUGAGGAUGAGGAUGUGGUUGGCGAUUCUGGAGAGGAAUCCUAUUCAUUAAGAACUAGACGAAAAAUAAAUUAUGGUGAACAAACUAAAAGCCCUAAGAGGAUAACAAAGAAAAAGACCGUUUCUAGGAAAUUAAAUCAAAGUGAAGGGGAAGAGACAGAUUUGAUUGCAAAUACAGAUGCCAUAAAAGGAGCAUCGAACAAAGAAAGGGCAAAGGUCAAGCCAAAGAGGAAGAAACAAGAAGAUAAAGAGGAUAUCGAGGAUGAUAAUAUGGUUGGUUAUACCCCAAGCAUGAAAGAAAUAAUGCUCAAAAAAAAUGAAAAAGAUAAAUCUAAGAAGAAUGUGAAGAAUAAAGAUAAUGUCGAUGAGGAUAUGGCUGGUUUUACUGAAAGCAUGAAAGAAAAACGGCUGAAAAAAUUGGAAAAAGAUAAAUCUAGGAAGAUUGUGAAGAAUAAAGAUAAUGUCUAUGAAGAUAUGACAGGUUUUACCGAAAGCAUGAAAGAGAUUGCUUUAAAGAAGAAAGUUGCUAAGAAUACGAAGAAACAUUGAUCGUCAAUGGUUAUACUAUUUUUUAAUACAAAUUUUGUAAUUGUUUUCAAUAUUUUACAUUUGUUCUAAUUUAACAUUUUCAUUCUAAUUAAGUAAUUUUGUGUUUAUUUUAUUUUUUAAAUAAAGAAAUACAUGCUAAGUUUUAUGUUUAUUAAAUAUUUUACAUAUUGAGUGAUUAGAAGUAGCAAAAAUUAAAUUCACAGAAAAGCUAUUUAAGGAAAAGGGUUAAACAUCCGGUUAAAAAACUACAUUAUUUACAACUCGUCGAGGAUGUUUUACAAAUAUAGCACAAUAGCCUUUAAAAAUUACGUUAUUUUUGGCAUAUAAAAUAUUUAUCUUUCAAGCUACAAUAUAAAGAAAAACAAAGUAUGUAUAAUUUAUAAACCUCUAACUGACAAAAUGGUACAACUGUGCGUUAAAAAUACUACAAAUAAUUUAAAUCACAACACUUUCUAACCUCGUAGAAAACGAACAACAUUCAUUAGAAACAUUCAUGUAAAAAAAAUAAGUAGUUAUAAAAAUGCUCUCCUACCCAACCUAAGAUAUUGUAGUAAUAAUGAUGAAAUUGAAUAACUAUUGAACUGUGUUGGAUAUGUAUUCAGCAAUAUUCAAUAGUGAAGCAUUGUACUUAAAUUUGCGUUUUUUCAUCAUUAUUAAUUUACAUAUUGUAUCUUUAAAAUCAAUCAAACCCUCUCUAUAAUAAUGUUAUAUCAUUUUUACACCACAUGAAUCUAAACAUCUCUUAAUUAAAGUUCUUAGGAUUUUUCCAAGAAAAUUAGCCACUAUUUUCUAUAGCAAAUACCUGGAACAACAAAUCCUGUCAGUGAUUCAAUUAAGAGAUAUUUUACAAGAUAUAAUCAUAUUAAAAUCAAACAAUGUACAUGAAAAUUCAAUUUUCUCUGUUUACAUUAUUUAUAGAAACUAAUAGUAAUCACGAAUAUCUUUGAAAGGAUUUAAAAAUCAAAUGGCAUAUUACAAUUUGAAGAAUAGUUCUACUACGAAGCGUUAAAUAGAGACAAGUGUGUAAAUAGUCAAAUAUUUUACGGUACAUUAAAAAACUUACCAAAAACUCAACAUAUAAUCAGAACAAACUUAUUUACUAGCCUGCGUGAUGUUAGAAAUUAGGUAAUUAUUAAGGAAAAUCUUUAUCAUUAUCAAAAACAAAUAAUUUACACAAUCAAGUUUAAUACGUUUUCAAUAAUUUAUUAAAGAAUAAUUCAACAACUCUAAGUAAGAAAAAUGGCACGCAACGGUGCUUCUAAGAUUAACAUAUAAAAAGAAAAAAUGGCAAUAAUAGUACUAUUAAAAUAUAUACAACGUACGCUACACAAACAAAUUAAACGAUCAAUUAAUAACGGGUUGUAUUAGAAAACUACGAGACUUCCGACACUUCUAGACACGAGAAAUCCGUGUUAAUUAAAUAAAACCAGAGCAAAAUAUAAAUUAUUAGGGGAAUAAGUAGAUAAACUUAAAACCUAGCAAAAAAAAUUAAAAGAUGUCACACUGAACUACUAAAAAAAUAUGCUGUAGAGUAAAACAAUCAAAUCGAUGAUGUACAAGUAAUUACUUGGACUGAACGAUUGAUAAUAUACCUACAUUAAAUUUCGUUUCAAUAGGAAGAAGGGUUACAUUAUUGACGUGAAUUUAGCAUUAAUAAUUGAUAAACAUUUGAGAAACAGAACUACCUACAACAUUUUUUAAUUUAUGUAAAACUCUCAAUAAUAAACAGCAUAAUUCUAAACAUGCACAAACUUAGGUAAUAGAAUGGUCAUUUCGGUGUCUGUAACUACCUCGUAUUAAAAGAAAAUGCAUUUUCACAUAUUAUGACGUUACUCUAUCAACAUUUACAGAAAAAAUAACCAACAAUCAAUGACAUACAAAAAUACGAAUUCCCAAGAAAAGGAAAAGAAAGAACUUAGGAGGCGUCGCCAACCGCGGGUUAGCUGCUCCCGUUGUUUUUCGGACUCGAAGGUACAGGUGAAUUUUGUUCCGAUCUCUUAAUAUACAGUUGCAAUAACUUUUCUCUGCUACCCGAUAAUUGAUUGAUGUAAGGAGACAGCCGAUCCUUACCAACCGCUUUGUGUAACGUUACCAAACAAAAUAUCGAUCCUUUUCUUACGGCGCUCUC